GUACAAAGACCUCUUAUAUAUCAAAAGAUCAAGUCAAAUCUGAUUUCUCAUGUCAUGACCCUUUAAAAGAAGUGAAGGAAUCUGGAGCAGAUGGAAGAGAAUAUGAGAAAACAAGCAGAAUUACUGUCACAUCAUCAGAUUUACAGUCAAUAUAACUCCUGAAUCAAAAACACAUCAUGAGCCGACAGAUUAAUCAGACGGCCGUGAUUCUCGUGAAUCACAUGAGCCUUUCUGACAUCAUCAGCAUCAGAUGAGAUUUUUUGACACAUUUCUCAAUACUUGGGUCACUUUUCACCCAGUUCUCCUGACCAACUUCCAGUGUGGCACAUCCCAAAAUAUUUAUGUAUUGGAGCCGGUUCUGCCGUUGAGCUGUUCUGCUGUCAGUCAGCGAGUCUGAAGUGUGUGGGUUCGGUCGGGUCACGGCACGAGUGCAGCAGGCGUGUGUGGAAUGCAACCGUAUCUCUGUCGCAUUUGUGCACGGCUGCUGAAAAUAGCCGCGGGCGUGUUCAGUCGGCAGGAAGCUGGGGAAGGUCCAGGACCUGCGUUUGUGCGGGAAACGUACGGUGACAGAUGGUGUGAGGACAGACAGCGCUGCUGACGGUCACUCGGGCCGCGGGGCGACCGGUGCCGACUGUCACUGCGGACACUGGCUCAUUGUUCAGAUGGACACAUCAGCUGAAGACAGAUGAGAAGAGCUGCUGGAGAACAGCUGCUGCGACGUUCAGAGGUGCAGAUAGUGUCAGUUUCAUGUUCAGAGUCACUGAAGAGUCAAACACGCUUUCACAACUGUUUGUUUGUGCGGCCAGACAUCUCAACUUCUGACUCGACCAAUCACAUGCUGCUCUUUUGAACUUCAUAUUCAUCAAAGAAUCCUGAACAAAAUGACGUCCCAACUCAGUCAUGUGAUUAUGGGGCGGGACUAUCUGUCUGACUGACCAAUGGCAGACGGGCAGCAGAAGGUUUUUCCAGCUUUUCCAACAUGUUUGGAAAGAAGAAGAAGAGGCUGGAGAUUUCGGCCCCUUCCAACUUCGAGCACCGCGUCCACACGGGCUUCGACCCGCACGAGCAGAAGUUCACCGGCCUACCGCAGCAAUGGCAGAGUCUGCUGGCCGACACGGCCAACCGGCCCAAACCCAUGGUGGACCCGUCCUACAUCACGCCCAUACAGCUCGCCCCCAUGAAGAUAUCUCCCAAGAAAGUCCGGUUGGCUGAGUCGCCGUUGCGAAAAACCAUUGUCCGUGGUAGCCGGCCGCCCAAGGACGCCUCCAUCAACGGCCUGCUGGAGGAGUUUGACAGCAUCUCCGUGACCCGCUCCAACUCUCUGAGGAAAGAGAGUCCGCCCGGAGCCCAUCAGGCCGGUGGCAGCAAACCAGCGUCUGCGUCCACGUCCAACGCCGGCGGGCCGGAGGAGAACGGCUUCGGACACUACUAUGGCCGCUACUCGUGCGACCUGGACAGCAGCAAGGACUUCUCACUAGAUCCGUACCGCGUCCAUGAUGGGGAGUGGCCGGUCGGACGGCACUACCGCUUCUCCCUCAAACAGAACGGCCAUCCCAUCCGGAGUCCCUUCUAUCCCGACGCCAUGCCGCAGAAGUCUUCGGACUACGCCAAGAUGCCUCCGGACUACCACGCCUACCUGGAGAGCAAGAUGCGGCUGUCCACCGACGAGAUGGCCAUGGGCGGGCGGAGGGACUACUACCGGGCUUCUCUGGGGGGAUCCAGUCAGGAUUACAGGGAACAGCCGCUGGGAACGCCGUCUCGGGUCUCCAUCCACAGUGAACAGAUGACCUACCCCGACGGAGACUGGGGAUACGGAGCGGGACUGAGGGAGGACUACGACAAGAGGCCCAAGUCCUCAUACAUCAGUCAGACGAGUCCUCAGCCGGCCAUCCGGCAGCGCUCCAGGUCGGGAUCUGGCCUGCAGGAGCCCAGCGUGCCGUACGGCAUCAGCGCAUUUAAAGCGGCGCCGCAGGGGCCGUACAGCUCGUACACGUACCCCAGACUGUCAGAAAACACGUCUUCGCUCGUCAUAAGCAAGGGCGACUACGAGCGAGCGUCUCGGGACGGGAGUCCGCAGGUGCCGGGGGGCGAGGCAUACCCGCGCAUGCCCCUCAAACUACCUCAGAGCCACGGCAAGCCCGCUUACCCGGCCAGUUUCCAGUACCCACCGCCCUUCCACUACAAGCCGUCGCCGUACCACCACCCGCCGUCCCAGCCCAGCCCUCCCUACACCCCGCAGGGGGCGCACUCGCAGCCCUCCUCGCCCUACAUCCCGCCCGGCGCGUAUCCCCCCCCCAGCUGGGGCUCGUCCUCGGAGCAGCCGCCCUCCAGGGUUUCCCACGAGCAGUUCCGGGCGGCGCUGCAGCUGGUGGUGAACCCGGGCGACCCGCGCGAGUAUCUGGACAACUUCCUGAAGAUCGGAGAGGGAUCCACGGGCAUCGUGUGCAUCGCCACCGAGAAGCACAGCGGGAAGCAGGUGGCCGUUAAGAAGAUGGACCUGCGGAAACAGCAGCGACGAGAACUUCUGUUCAACGAGGUGGUCAUCAUGAGAGACUACCAUCACGAGAACGUGGUUGACAUGUAUAACAGUUAUCUGGUCGGUGAUGAACUCUGGGUAGUGAUGGAGUUCUUGGAGGGCGGAGCCUUGACUGACAUCGUCACUCAUACGAGGAUGAAUGAGGAGCAGAUCGCCACCGUUUGUCUGUCGGUGUUGAAGGCACUGUCGUACCUCCACACGCAGGGCGUCAUUCACCGAGACAUCAAGAGCGACUCCAUCCUGCUCACCAGCGACGGACGCAUCAAGCUCUCUGAUUUCGGCUUCUGUGCUCAAGUGUCCAAAGAGGUUCCCAAGAGGAAGUCUCUGGUGGGAACGCCGUACUGGAUGGCACCGGAGGUCAUCUCCAGGUUACCCUACGGCACUGAGGUGGACAUCUGGUCUCUGGGCAUCAUGGUGAUCGAAAUGGUGGACGGAGAACCUCCAUACUUCAACGAACCUCCGCUGCAGGCCAUGAGACGCAUACGAGACAACCUGCCGCCACGGCUCAAAGAGUCUCAUAAGGUGUCGUCGGUCCUGCGAGCCUUUCUGGACCUGAUGCUGGUGCGCGAGCCGUCCCAGCGUGCAUCAGCGCAGGAGCUCCUGCAGCACCCGUUCCUGAAGAUGUCCGGACCGCCGUCCUGCAUCGUUCCUCUGAUGCGGCACUACCGGCACCGCUGAAGCACCGCUGGAGCCACGCAAGCGCUUUCAUUAUUACCAGAACAGCAGGGCGGUGGCGUCUCGGGCCGCUGCCGUUCGGUUUGAUCCCGCGCCGGAUCCGUGCGGCGAUACAGUAGAGUCUCUUAACCAACAAGCGUCUUUUUCACUGUCGUCUUCUCACGCUAACUAUUUUAGAGCAAUUGUAAGUUUUACUUGUACAGUUUUGAUAAACAGCAGUAUUUUUGUUGUGAUGUUAUCAUGGUGAAAUGGGCAGUAUUACAUAGAACUUGAGAGUUUCUGCAAAAUAAUAUUAAUAAUAAUGAUGAGAAUAAUAAAAAACUUUCCUACUGUUUAUAUUUAAUUUUUUUGAAGAUGGUCAUUUAAACUUCCUGUUGCAGACAGAUGAAUCUGAAUAUAUUUAUUUAUUCUACAUUUGUAGAUACUGCCGCCCGUCACGCCAGAGUUUUCUACGCUGUAUUGAUUUCUGAUUUCUCAGUAGUGUGGCCUUUUUCAUUCUCAUCGUUGGACGACAACCCGUCUGAUCGUGUUUAAAUCACCAACACUUCAUUCAUCCGACCUCUAGCAAUAUUAACGUGUUUGGCACAAUAAUCAAUCACGCGUGUUUUCUAGUCUCCGUCUCACCCGUGUCUCAUUGGUCACUGUGAUCUGUAAAUAUGAACGUGUGUUUCUGGCAUCACCUGUAGAAAUAUACAGAUCCAGCUGUCAUGUUGCUUUUGUACAGUGAUCUUGCAUGUGUGUCACGAAAAGCUGCUUUCAAUAAAAAACACAAAUACGUC